AUGCCGAUGUGCAAGUGGUGGAUGCUCUUAGCUAUUGCUUUUGUCACGAGUACGGCAGUUGACACUAAAGACACUCAAGACAAGACUACAUUCCCACUGAUUACAAGAAAAGGUCGCCAUGACCUUAAAACUGCGCCUAAUUUCAUUCAAUUAGCAACCGAAGAGCGGACAUCCACUAUUCCAGGCUCAAGUUGGUUCAAGUCAUUAUUCAAAACGACAUCAGAUUUUGCUCCAGUGACGAAACUUAAUUCGAAGCUUGUGACGAUUUCCAAGCACUCGAAAGUGCACGAAGUUUUGAUGAAGAUUAAAAAGAUGCCAGAAUAUGUGAAGCAGUUGAUUGAAAAGUUCAAACGCUCACCUUUCGGGAAGUGGAUAAUAAAAAAGAUGGCACCAAAGCAACACACCAAUGUUGGAUAUAAAGCUAUUGUUACUAGCUCAUCGAGUAAACUCAAGCGUUUCUUGUUGACGUACAGCUCGAGUUUACUAUUUAUUAUAGGGAUCUUGGCAUUGGCCUUUAUUAUUCGAAAUGCUGUGUAA